AGCCGGGGGUCUCUUGCUCCUCACUCUCUCUCAUAUGGGCUGGCUCAUGAUAUAGCGUCCGUUAUAAAAGCCCAACGAGAGGAAAACACGAAUCUCACUCUUGUGUUACUGGAAUCGCCGAGGUGCAGGGCUACACACAGGGAUUUUAGAACCGUCUGACUACCCUGGAACGUGAGAGUUUACCAGCAGAUGAACAAUACAAUGAAGGUGGCAGUACUACUUAUCUUUGGAUGCCUGUUGUGGGAAGGUUUGGGGUUUCCAGAGCAAGAGAAGAAUCCUGCUUUCUGGAAAGAAUGGGCCCAGCGUACGCUGAAAAAUGCCUUGACCCUCCAAGAGCUCAACAAGAAUGUUGCUAAGAAUCUCAUCUUGUUUCUUGGUGAUGGAAUGGGUGUUCCAACAGUGACAGCAGCACGGAUUUUAAAGGGUCAAAUGAAUGGCCAGAGCGGUGAGGAAUCUCAACUGGAGAUGGAUAAAUUUCCCUAUGUUGCCCUCUCUAAGACCUAUAACACCAACGCUCAAGUACCAGACAGUGCAGGCACCGCCACGGCGUUCAUGUGCGGCGUCAAGGCCAAUGAGGGCACGGUUGGAGUGAGCGCAGCAUCUGUGAGAUCCCAGUGUAACACCACUCGGGGGAACGAAGUCACCUCUAUCCUCAAAUGGGCCAAAGAUGCAGGUAAAUCAGUGGGAAUUGUAACAACAACGCGCGUGAAUCACGCCACACCCAGCGCAGCGUAUGCCCACUGUGUAGAUCGUGACUGGUAUUCAGAUGGGGACAUGCCACCUGAGGCAGUGGAGAGCGGCUGCAAAGAUAUCGCCAGACAACUUUUCGAAAACAUCCCAGACAUAAACGUGAUUAUGGGAGGUGGACGGAAAAGCAUGUAUCCCAAAAACACACCAGAUAUGGAGUACCCGGCUGAGAAGAAACACAACGGUACACGCAAAGACGGCAGAAACCUUGUGGAAGAAUGGACUGACAGAGUGAAGGAUAAGAAAGGAGAAUAUGUUUGGAACAAGAAGAAACUCCUUUCUCUCAACCCAAAUAAUGUGGAUUAUCUGUUAGGUUUGUUUGAGCCGGCGGAUAUGUCCUACGAACUUGAGAGAAACGACGAAACCGACCCUUCGCUCACCGAGAUGGUGGAUAUAGCCAUCAAGAUCCUCAAGAAAAAUGAGCAAGGGUUCUUCUUGCUUGUGGAAGGUGGACGAAUUGACCACGGACACCACGAGGGAAAAGCAAAGCAGGCCCUGUAUGAAGCUGUGGAGAUGGACCGAGCCAUCACUCGAGCUGGUCUUCUCACCAGCCUUUAUGACACGAUGACCGUAGUCACGGCCGACCACUCUCACGUCUUCAGUUUCGGAGGAUACACGCAACGAGGGAACUCAAUCUUCGGAUUAGCGCCUAUGGUAAGCGAUGUUGACCAGAAGCCCUUUACAUCUAUUCUGUAUGGAAAUGGUCCUGGGUUCAAGGUGGCUAAUGGCGUAAGAGAAAAUGUCUCAACAGUGGACUACACGCAAAGUAACUAUCAGGCGCAGUCCGCUGUUCCAUUGCGCAGUGAGACUCAUGGAGGUGAAGACGUAGCCAUUUUCUCAAAAGGCCCCAUGGCUCAUCUUCUUCAUGGAGUCCAGGAACAGCAUUACAUUCCUCACGUCAUGGCAUAUGCAGCCUGCAUUGGCCAAAACAAAGACCACUGCCGUAUGAAAUCUGGUUCUGCUCCGUCUCUCAAACACGUCACGCCUAUGCUGGCGGUUCUUCUCACAGUAACUUGGAUUCUGUGUUGACCCGUUUUCUCUUUUUAAUCGAUCACUAUUCCAUUAUCCAAACUGAUUACUUCAAAUGGAGUGUAUCAUGUUUUUUAAUAUUUGAUUUGUUUUUUUAAUAUUUCUUACCAGUCUAUAAACACUGGGACCAGCGCUCGGGCAUUAUGAAUUGUGUAAUAUGAUUUUUUUUUUUUGGGGGGGGGAACGAAGGUCAAAUGUGAACUACUUUCAUAUGUGGCAUUUAGUUUCUUACAAUGCACAGUUUUAAAUGUAGAGAUGUGGUUUGCAAAUUCAUGUGAGCAAUUUCACAUUCAUCUGGUAUUUUCACAUUCUGGCAUUUAGAAGACGCUUUUAUCCAAAGCUACUUAGCAAAGCCGUGAAAUGAUUCAUCAGGAGGCAAUAAUAUAAGAAGUGCUAAGAAACAAAGUUUCAAUGGCCCUUUCACACAUACAACCGCAGGUUUUCUUUUUUAUUACCUUGUUUGCUCAACACGUUUUUAGUCAGUCCUGUCGAUUUUAAGCAAUAAGAAGUUACCAGUAAGAUUACCGGUAAAUUACAUUUACACCAUCAAACGAUAAAUGGCAAAACAUUACAGAUUGCAUUCCACAAUUACUGGCAUCUGGUACUGAUGUGUGAAUGGUAAUAAAAUGGGGAAAUCUUUUUCAUGUGUAAAUUGAAGUUGGUACAUUUACCGGAAAAGGAAAUUUAUUGCAUGUAUGAAAGGGGCUUAUUUUAAUUGGAUCGUCUGCAUUUGAAAGAUCAUGUUUGGGCACUUCAUCUGUUCUGGGGAGUAUGCACACUGCUGUAUCAAGACAGUAUAUAACAAGAAAAAAGUUAUGAGUAAUAUCACACCCUAGUAGCUCACGUAGCUUUGCGUUCGAUGGGUGUGUUUUUAACCGGUAAAUAGUUGGUCUCUUAAAUUGGUCCCUGGUGGAUUUUGAAUGUUCUCGAAGAAGUUUAUGAUAAACAUCUUUGUUUAGAUGUUCAUCAAACGACUGAACUCGAUCAUUCAAGUCAGAUGCUUUCCAGAAGAUCCAAUCCAAACAACCCUGUGCUAACUGGCUAUUGAUUUUGUUACUUGAAUGUUAUAAAGUGUGAGCUUAGCCUUUUGUUUCUAUGAUUAAAUAGAGUAAACACUGUGUUUGUUACUGAACACAGAAAUCACUAGUUGUCUGUAUUCCCAUUAAACCUUGUCUUUAUAUAUUGUUACCCAUCUGUUAGCAUCUUUUCUAUUUUUCCCGAAUGCAAAUCUACCUCACUGUUAUGUGAUAUUCAACUGUAGUGAAAUCCCAAAUAGUCCCAGGCAGACAAUAUCUUAAAGGCACAGUUUACCCAAAAAUGAAAUUUCUGUCUGAAUUUAGUCACCCUUAAGCUGUUCCAAAACUUCUUAAAAGUUAUUGUAGCGUUUGCUCUGUUGAACACACAAUAUAUUUUGAGCAAUUUAGGAAAGCAAACUGUUUGACUAAUAUUUUAGUCUUUCCUAGUCAAUGAUGCCACAGAACUGUCAGUUGCUAACAUUCUUGGAAAUAUCUUUGUGUACAACCGAAAAAAUAAAUGUAUACAGGUUUGGACCAACUUAGGGGUGAGUAGUUUAUGACAGAAUUUUCAUUUUGGGGUGAACUAUCCCCUUAAUAUACAUUGUAUUCCCCUAUGAAGAACAAUUCGUGGCCAGCGAGACUAGAUGUCUUAUUUUUUCUUGAAGGACUGUUUGCUUUUACAAGUGAUUACAUGUUUUUUUGUACACAUUAUGAAAAGUAAAAAUGAUCUUUAUUGAUGUUUAAAUUGGCAGUGCUUGCUUCUACUUGUUUUGAGUCAUCUGAUCAUCUUUUAUCCGUAUCCUAUUUGAUCAUCCGAAUGACAGUUGAGAAUGUGCAAUUGUUGCAUUUAUAUCUAUAGUGCUCCAUGAGUUCUCAGUGAAUGUAAUUCACUCUAUUCAAUGCUAAUAACUGUUUUUAUGUUGUAAUCUGUCUACUUUGUUUACCCGAGUUUCUUUCAUUUGGAUCUGAAUUGAAACAUGCUGAAAGAACAGACAUUGCAAUUUUAGAGAUAAGGAAACCAUUCACAAUAAAGAGAGCGAGAUGGAGUGGGGA